CUCAGGUGAACGUCUCACGCGCUCCGGUCCUCCAAUCCGGAGGGCGGCGGUAAAGCAGCUGAUUAGCUUUUCGCUAACGAGGGAAGAAGACGCAGCACACACUCGCCCCUGAAACCAAACGGGAGGAGAACGAACCAAACGUGAGCUCGGACCAUGUUACAGUCAUUAACCGCAGAAAGUUUAAACUUUGUUUGACGACGCGGUGACGCGGUGACCGCAGCUGCGUGUCGGCGGGACAGAAACAAACCGCGAAGUCUGAGCUAACGUUAAACUAAGCAGCAGCUAACACACACACACACACACACAGAGAGUAGAGCAAGUUGGCGCCGUUUGGAUGAAGCUUUAGCUUUUAACCUGUAACUGAGCGACACAAUGGACUGCAGCACUGCUGACGGGCCCACUAAUGUGGCCCGAGACCCUCCAGGUAAUGACAGCUCCAGCUCCGAUGACGACGUACCUCUCUCGAAGCUCCUGACGAGGCCACACAGUGAAGUGAAACCGUCGCAUGAAAACGGGCACAGUGUAACCUCCAGCACGAAAUCCGAAACAGACAACACAAAAGACAGAAGUGCUUCAGAUGACUCGUCGGACGACGAGCCUUUGAUAAAGUUGAAAACUGUGAAGAAAACUGCCAAAAAAGACGAGGACACGUCAGCCAGAUCGAACGGCACAAAUAACAAGAAAGCAGAUUUGAAAACAGACGAGUGCUCUGACGACGAGCCUCUCAUAAAUAUCGCCAAAGUAUCGUCCAAAGCUGCGAAGAAGUCUUUCACAGUGCCUCCAAAGAAAUCUGUUGACAAAAAGAAGAAAGAGUCACUGCAUGCCGACGACAGCUCGGACGACGAGCCUCUGAGUGAACUCGCCAAGAAACUAGAAAAGAAAAAAACAUCCGGAAAAGCAGCUGCAGUCAUGAAGUCCAGAAGGAGCGCAGCCAAUAAAACGAUUAAAUACGCAGAGUCUCCCAGCGACGUCUCAGACGAUGAAUCCCUGGCAGCAAUCAAGAGGAAGCUGGCGAAGGCUCCUACAGAGCGAAAGACCUCGGCAAGGAACAAGAAAACAAAACCAAAACUAAAAGACCCUUCAUCCUCAGAUAGCAGCUCGGACGAUGAUGAUGUGCCCUUGGUGAACCUGAUGGCCAAGAAGAAACCAGUGAAGAAAAACACAAAGACGACAGCUGCGUCGCCACGAAAGAGACGAGGACGUUCUGAUGAAAGCUCUGAAGAUGAACCGUUGGUAAAUCUCGCAAAAAAGAACCGCACGGAAACCAAAAGGAAGACUUCAGCUCCGAAGAAGAGAAACACAACUCCCAGAAAGACAAGAAAGAGGCCCGCGUCAGGGUCAUCCGGCAACAGUUCAGACGAUGAACCUUUAAUCAAGGCAGCUAAACACCCACAAGUGACCAAAAUCCUGAGUAUAGUGCUGGAGAGGUGUGACGGUAAGGUGACCAAAGGACGCCUGAAGAAAACCCGAACAGAAACACAGAUUGGUGAAAAGGCCGUGAGCGAGGAGGAGUCGGAGGGCUCGGAGUGAAUCCACAGAAGAAGAUGUUGAAGCUGAUGAAAUGAUGUUUGGGAAGUUCAAACCUCCCAGUGGUUCAGAGUUUGAAAGACUUCCUGAAAUGUUGUAGAUCCUGCAGAGAGGAAAAAAAAAACUCCUGAACGAUCACAGUUAGUGUUCAAAUGUUCAAAUGUGUGUUUUAUAUACAGUACAUACGUGUUAAUUUAAGGUGUUCAUAUUUUUACUCCUGUUUUUAAGUUUGGGAUCAAAUUUUUUGUAGAUUCCUGUCAGAUUUAAUGCUCGGUCGUUUUUUUGUUUUGUUUUAUUAUUUGCACCUUUUAUUGCCUCUGCUUUUAUGAUUUUAUAGAGAAUAAUUUAACACUCGAUGUAAGUUACAUUUCUGCGUUCAUAUUAUGUGUAGACAGCAUGCAUCAGUGAAAAUAACUUGUGUUGGAUUAAACAUGAUCUAUGGAAUUCACAUCA